UUUCUAUGUAAGGCUUUGAAAUACCAGAGCUAGUUUAGGCAAUUCUUCAGCUGAGGACUGGGAUGUUUUUUGGCCCUGGCAGCCUCCUGGGAAGGUUUUGUAAGGACAGCUGUGGAAUGCACUCUGUUUACCAACUUUUUGCCAUGGAAAACAAAGCUUUGAUUCCUGGGCCAUGGAAAACUUCUUCUGAUGAAUCCCCACCCCCUCUCUGGGGAGGAAAGCACAACAAACACUAAUGCCUCUUCGCCCUUUUAUGCCUGGCGUAUUAAUCACCGAGCAGGGCUCGCCGCGUCCCGCUCAGCCUGUGUUUGCCCUCUAACUACGGGGAGGAGUUUUGCUUUGUCUAUAUAAAGCUGCACUUUGCUGAACACUGUAACAGAACCAAACUUAGAGACUCGAUCACCCAUCCUCUGUGGGGAGAGCAGACCAGCAGAAGCCAUGUUUGGGAUUGGGAAGAAGCUCGCCGAGGAAGCAACGCAACAGGCCGAGAGCGCUGCGCAGGCGGCAGUUAACACGGUGGGCCAGACUGUGCAGCAAGUAGUGGAACAGGCCAAGGAUGCUGGUCAGAAAGCUCUGGAUGAAGUCUACAAGGUCGCUGAAACCGGUGAAAAAGCUGUAAAAAAUGUAGCGAAUCAAGCAACUUCCUGGGGCAAAAGCUUUGGACAAUGAAGAUCACGUAACGCCAUGGAAUGUAUUCUUAAAUAAAUAAAACCCCAUACCACGUACA